AUGGCUGAAAAUGGCAUCCGACAGUUAGGUCUACCAAGGAUUGGGCAUUUUGCAGACAAGUUAAGGCCAGAACCCAUGCACUGUGAGAUCAAUGCCUGGCAGCAUUAUAUUGAUCUCCUAUAUCUAGAGGCAGUAAGAAGAGGAAAGUUUGAUCCUUUUGUUUCUGCCCUGGUAGCACCUAUAGGGAAUAGAGAUGGAGAUGUUAAGGUGGGACAACCCCAAAAGACUCUUUUGAGGGUUUCUGAUAUAGACAGUGUUGGGGAACGUGCCAGAAAGCAGGAAAUGUUGCAGAAAUCAGAGGAGGACCUAAAACAAUACCUGCAGAAGACAGGUUUUCCUCAUGUAAAGCAUGCAACAGGUGAGGGGGGGUGGACUGGGAUACUUGGCUUCAAGAGUAAAAGAACAUUUUAGUGAUGAAACUAACAGGUAUAACAAAUUACCAGUUAGGCUUAUUGGCAAUCAAGCUAUUGCAUUGGCUCGAUAUUACUACCGUUUAGUUGACACUUUAGAAAAUGAAGAUGAAACAGAGGCACAAACAAUCCAACGACUGGCUCUUAGCAAGAUAGGUGAGUGUCUGAGAAAUGCUGGGGGGCUUUUUAAUAGAAUAGAGACCAAUUCUGCUCAGGUUGCAGAACUGAAAGAAAUGUGUAGUAUGUAUUUUAACCUGAUGUCUUUGUUUUUUUCAUCCAGCGUUAAUGUCACAACAUGGACAAUUGGAUAUGCCAUUCCCUAUCAUGCAAAUUUGCUGUGUACAAGGUAUGGGGUGGGCUAUGGCAUUGUCUCUUUGCAGGCUAAAGAGGCCAAACAUUCUGGAGUGAAGGAAGAUUUGACCUUAACUAACCGGUCAAAUGUAAGUACUGCCACUGGUAAAUGGUGGCAAGUAAUGCGAAGUAAUUAUGUUCGCUCAUUUUACCUCCCAGAACAUCAACCAAUGCCCUCUUCUUAUACCUCACACUACCAAUCACGUUCUCCACCACACUGUUACCAAUCAAAUGUUUGUAAUUGUGGUAGAAAUAAAGAAAACGAUUUGCUCAGUUGUCAAGUUUGUUUCUCUACUAUUAACCUUGUGACUUGUGCAAGCAGAGGUCUGACAGAAUCAGUGUUGUGUGCACUAAAACCUGUUGUCUGUAAACAGUGCAAUACUCGCUUUGCUGAUAACCUGUCAUUAUUGUCUCAUUUAAAGUUCUGCAAUGCCACUGAGGUAAGAAAGGUAGCUAUCCAGCCAACUUUGAUGACAGUACCUAGUUUAAAGGAAGCUUUUCGAAGUAGAGGAUUAAGCACUGCAGGUACUAAGGAAAUUCUAAUUAAGCGCCUUGAAGGUGCAUUGGCUGGGGAGGGGUAG